AUGAAUAUGAGAAUAAAACCAUUAAUUGCAUUAAUAAAUCAACAGUCUACAACAGUUAGACAUUUUUCUUACAAGAAUAUAUUGACAUGGUAUUCAGGUUUGGUUCGACCUAAACCGACAAAACCUCCUCACAAACAUAUAAUACAAGUAGGAGAUCCUUGUUUAAGAGCUAUUUCUAAACCUGUUCCUACCAAAGAUAUAGAAACUGAAGAAGUUCAAAAAUUAAUAGCUUAUUUGAAGCAUGUAUGUAGAAAAUAUGACUGUUAUGGACUAUCAGCUCCACAAGUAGGUGUACCAUUAAGAAUCUUUAUUAUGGGACUCACACAAAAGGCUCUGGAUAAACAUUUCACAAAAAAAGAGAUAGCUGCCAAAGCCCUUAAAGCUAUUGAGCCUUUGGUUGUUAUAAAUCCAGAAAUGAAAGUAACUGAUUACACCAAAGUGGUUUUGGAAGAAUCCUGUGAAAGCGUCAAAGGCUUUUGUGCUGAUGUACCUAGAUAUAUGUCUGUAGAACUGAAAGGAUAUGAUGAAGAUGGCCACACAUUUUCCAUGAAUGCCUCAGGGUUUACUGCUAGAAUUAUACAGCAUGAAAUGGAUCAUCUUGAUGCAAAAUUAUAUACUGAUAUCAUGGAUAAGAAAACAUUAUAUUGCCCACAUUGGCAAGUUGUCAAUGAAAGAUGUGGAAAAGUUGAACUGCCUUAUGGACCUUUCAAAUAAAUUUCUAAAAAAUGAAAUAAAGAAAGUUUAUUAAUAUAAUACAUUGCUUUCUAAUUUAACUCAUGGAGAAAUGUGCUUAUGUAGAAAAAACAAAGAAUACAUGGUUCAAUUCUUGAA